AUUCAUUAUACGUUGAAAUCCAACCAGCACGCAGCCAUUUAUUGAAUUUUUUUCACUGUAACGAUAUUCAUUCAGAAAUGAGUUUUGUUAAGGCUUUUCCUCGUUUUAGAGUAGCUACUCAAGCUAUCUUCAAGCAAUUUUCUACCAAACGAGCUAUUGCUUCUCCUAGAGUUGCACGUUUGCAGAGAUUUCAACCUAUUGCCAAAGCUCCUUUGGGCAUUCGUAUGGCUUCAAGUGAUUCCAGAAAAGAUUUGUUGGCUGCUUUGGAAUCUGAAAUUGACUACGAAAAGAAACAUGUUUUAACUGACACUUCUUUACCUCCCAUCCCAUAUGAAAUUGAAGACAUCCGUGGAGAUGCUACCGUGAAGUUGAAAACACAGAACGGUGAUGAAACCAUAUACAUUAAAUUCAACGUUUCUGACGACACUCAAGAACCCGCCUUGGAGGAUAACGAAAUGAGUGAAUUUGAAGAAUACGAAAACAAAGGUCAAGAACAACCCAUUGAAGAAGUUCCGGAAGAUGAAGUUGGUACUUCUGAGGAUUUAGGUCGCUUCCAACCUUGUACCAUUGAAGUUGUUAGACCCGAUGUCGGUGUUUUGGCUUUCGAAGCUAUGGCUUAUGAUGAAGGCUUUGAAAUUGAAAACAUCUUCUUCUCUAAAGAUGCCAACGUUUUGACCUCGGACAGCGUUGAUGCUGAGUGGUCUCGCCGUAAGCAAUAUCUCGGACCUUCCUUCAAGGAAUUGGAUCCUGAGCUUCAAGACCUUUUCCACAAUUUCUUGGAAGAACGUCGCAUUGAUUCUGAAACCGCUUCCUUUGUUAUUUCUUUCGGAUUAACCAAAGAACUUAAAGAAUAUGUCCGUUGGUUGGAAAAUGUUCGCGAUUUCGUCAAGUAAAAUGAUUUCGCUUAGUUUUGCUUAUUUUAUUUCUUAUACGUACUAGUCCCCACUUUACCCACUUCUCAUAAAGUAAUCAAUGCAUUUUUUUGAAUUCCUAAUUUCUUCCUUAUUUUACAUGUAUAAAUGGCUAUACUAAAAAU